CACUAACAUACUAUAAUUUCCAAGAUAAAGUAAUAAAAACAAAAAACAAAGAAAUUUGGUUUCUAAACCCACUUAUCUCAAAACCACUCCCUGCCAGCACAAAAUUUCCUUCAGCUAUCAUCAACCUCUCCACCAUGAUUGCAGCAAUCAUCAUCCUACUCCUAAGUUUCAUCAACCAAGGGUCUGCUACUGGGAGCUGCAGUUUGGACACCAUUAACAUAGGAACACAGAGAAGCGGAAGGGAGAUUGGGGGGCAACCUGAAUGGAACGUUCAAGUGAUCAACAACUGCGAUUGUCCUCAGAAGCAGAUUCUCUUGUCCUGCCAAGGGUUUCAGACUAUUGAACCCGUUGAUCCAUCGAUUCUGUUAAAGAAAAAUGACAAUUGUCUUCUCAUAAAUGGCGGAACUGUACAACCUGGUUCAUCAGUUUCAUUUUCCUAUGCUUAUGAUCCCCCUGUCAUCAUGCUCCCUCGUUUCUCUGUUUCUCUAUGUCCAACCUGAAGCACCAAAACACUUCCAAAAUAAAAACAACAACGGUUAUCAAUUUUAGUCUGAGUUAAUAUUGAAGUUAGGGGGAAAAUUGGAAAAAGUAAUCGUUCCUUUUGUAUGCAAAAAAAUUAUAAUCGAUUAUAGAUGAUGCCUUAAGAUCAUAUAUCUUGAAUUUGUUUCUUCACCCGAUUGAUCUACUAAAGAUGGGAUUAGACAGAGUGUUGUAUGUACAAAUAGAAGAAGCUUUCAUAUCAAA